AUGUGGAUUGACAACUAUUCUGAUGACGAUGAACAACAAAUUUCAGGUCCAAAAAGUGGUCAAAUAACAGAAAAAAAUCCAAAUAAUGAAAAGAAAGAUAAAUGUAAAUGUUCCAAAGGAUGUUCUAAACGAACAUGUGUUUGUUUCAAAUUUGGUAGUGGAUGUAAUUCAUCAUGUGGUUGUGGAUCAUCUUGUCAAAAUAUGUUCAAUUCUUUGGAAUAUUUCUUUGGUAAUGAAAAAAAAUAUUCAGCUAAUCCAUGUUUUUCAAGUUGGCUUGUGGAAAAUGUUAAAAAUGCUGAUGAAUUAAAACAAAUCGAUCGAAAUCAAUUACAACAGCAUAUUAUGAAAGCUGCUUGUUAUUCUGAUGCAUGUGAAUUUGAUGAUGAUCUUGGAGAAUGGGCAAAAGAAUGGAAACAAAUCAGCAAAGUUAAAAAAUUAAAUCAUAUGCAAAAAUUCUUUCGUAUGCUUUUAUCUAAUGAUCAAUCUAGUUAUUAUUAUUCAUUCUGUCGAGAAGAUUUCGAACAAGAUAAUUGUACAUGGCAUUGCGUUAAAUGUCAAGAAUGCGUAGAUUGGAGAGAAUGGCAUUGUGGAGAAUGUACCUAUGGUUUGACCAUUCCAUGUAGUGGAUGUGGUGGUAGAAGUGAAAUGUCGAAUAUGUGUUAA